CAACUCCCAAAACGUUAACCUCUUAUGUUGUUCUCAGCAGCUGACACAUCUCGAACAAUUGUGCUGUGGGACACUACUUGAUGAAAACUGACACUAAUGAUGCAGGAUUUCCCACCUGAACUUGUCGUGGCUAUUUUCGCCCAUCUCACUCUAUCCGAGCUGAUAACAUGCCAAUAUGUCUGCCGUAGCUUCAAGGACACCAUUACUAGCUCUGUUCAACUGCAGUAUCAGAUGGCGCUUGAGAAAUCUGGCAUGAUUCAUAACCCAAAUAGUGGCAUGUGUGCAUCGGAUUGCCUCGAGAUGCUGAAGAAGAGAGAAGAAGCGUGGACCAAGUUUGAACCAAUAUUCAAGAGGAGAAUACAUGUGGAUCAUCGAGAGACAGGUAUCUAUGAGAUAUCAGGUGGAACUUAUUUCCUUGGCGAGUCCAAGCGCACCAGCAUACCGUUUCUACGGUUACCUUCGACUCCCGACGGUGAAUCUGAGUGGGACAAGCUCGUCGUGGGUUGCGAAAUCGUCGAUAUUGGGAUUGCGCUGUACGAACAUGAUUUGUUCACUGCUAUAGUCAUGGAUCCUUCGCCUCAUCUCAAGGUGAAGCUAUAUCAACUCUCCACCAAAAGCCCUCAUCCACUCGCAGCUAAUCACAUUAUUCCCGUCCACUCUUAUCCUGUCGGUAGGCUUUCCGUCGGCGUCGAGAUCGUCGGCGACCACCUUGUCCUCGUUACACGCGAACACCUACUCGUGCUACCGGACAAGGUGUACAUCUUCAAUUGGAAGAAGGGUACUCUCCUACGCGUUAUUGAAGCGCCCAAUCGAUGCUACACCUCCUUUGUCUUCCUCGACCCGCUGACUCUCCUCCUCCCAAAUGCCCUUAACGCGACCCUUGAAAUCUGGGAAAUUCCCGAAGGGCGAAUGCGCGCGGCCCUGCGGCUUCCCCAACUCAAGAUCAGCAUGAAUAUCAGCCAUAUGGCGUGUCGUAGCUCACCCAACCCAGGCAGCCUCAGCACAUCCCGGCCGUUCCACCCAAACCCAGCCGAAUCACUGCUUAUCUUCCACAUUCACAUCAAUAGCUUCCAUGGAACAUCUACUGUGGUGUUCCUCGUGCAUCGAAAAGCCCUUCUCGAUGUUCAUGGGCAGGGGACAAUUGAAUGGGACGCAUGGGGUCCCCCCUGCACACGGUGGUUUCCAGCUGACUUGAUCGACUGGAUCACGACCACAACGGGACAUCGGUAUGUCCUGUGUACUCGACGGAGGAUUCUCUUGUUCGACUUCAAUCCAUGGAGCUUACGUAGGGCGCGUGUUUCCAAGGACGAAUUGGAGUUCGUCAUGGACUCGGUCGUACCUGACAUGCUUCGCAUGGACUUGCCACUUUUCAUGGAGCCAGUCGUAGGUAAUCUGCCUUUCGUCAUGAGAUACAUAUCCCACCAUCACGUUCAUGGGGUCCUGAUGGAUGAAGAAAGGAUCCUAGGGUUAAUACGGGACGGCCGCGGUAUCACAGACCUCGAUGUGAUGUAUUUUGGGUGAUCUGUAUCAUAAGCAUUGUUUUGCGACACUGCCAAUCCUACUCCCCACUCUUGUUAUUUACCCCGGCACGUGCAUGCCAAUCCUAAGC